GGGGUGCAAGGGAGGAAGUUGCUGAUGGCUGGACGCCGUCUCCCAGCUCUGUCUCCAGCUGCAGGCAGCUCGCUCACACGGUGCAGUGAUGCAGCAGCACGGGGGUGCAUUGCAUGCACUGGAGAUGCUGCUGUGCCUCGUGCUGGGAGCAGCAGGUAGCGGGCAAGGGACUGGAGAGUGCAGGAACAGGGCUGUGCUCACGGGUUCGGAUCUGCAUCUGCUGCUGGAGGAAGCACUGCCACCGUAUUGGGCAGCUGUUUCCUGGAAAGUGACACUGGAGGCUCAAGCCCGGCAGCGCAUCCUGACGGUUCGGAAGGAUAGAGUCGACCCUGCAAACAGUACUCUGAUUUCUCAGAGAGCCACUUUCCACUGGGAGCCCCUCUCCCUGCAGAUCAGAGCUGUCACCCAGGCAGACAGCGGCAUCUAUUAUGCAGAGAUUGUAAAGUCGACUGGCUCUGUUUUGAACAAGUGCUUCCAUGUGUCAGUGUGGGAGCCCGUGGGCAGCCCACGCCUGGAGACACUUGUGCUACAGGAGGAGCAGGGACGGUGCCACCUCCAGCUGUCCUGCACUGUGCCCGGGGCCACUGCUGUGUCCUACAGCUGGUCCCGAGACAGUGAUCCACUGGGCAACCAGAGUGUGCUGGUGGUGUCCGAGUAUGUCCAGCCUGUGCUCUACGUCUGCAAUGUGAGCAACCCGGCCAGCUGGAGCACGGCCAGCAUUGACAUGGCCACAGCCUGCGCCCAGAAAGGGCUGUUUGGUGCCAUCCCGUUCUGCGCAGUGACCGUGUUGCUGCUGUUGGCCGUCUGCAUUGCUAGCUGCAUCGCCUACUGGUUUGGGAAUUGGUGGAUGGAUGGCAAUGAAUGUUCAUCACCUCUUGGAGCAGGGAUUUGUCUGCGCAGAGCUGGGGAUGGGUCAGCACCAGGAUGCUGAUGGUCGUGGUGGCAUUUUGGCCAAACUUUGGACAUUUUGGCCAGUACCGCAGUAUUUUAUCCCCAUCCUCAGCAUGUUGGCUAAACCCAAAGCAACUGCUCUCCCCAGUCCCAAACUCUACUCUUCCUGCCUUUGGGGAAGCUGCUGCUGCACCUUUUGCUGGUGAAGACAUAGAAGCACCGAACAAUGAAGCAAGGGGACCCUGGGGACUCCUUGCUGAGCUCUUCAUCCCUGCACCUCUGCCAGGUUAUGAAAUUCUCUUUCCAUCAGCCAAGCAGUCCAGAAGUAACUGGCAGGGGGUAGGAGAAUGAGCACAUGAGCUGCGUCUCCUCAGGAACUGUAGACUGGUAGAAGAGUUGAGUUGGAAGGGAACAAUAAAGGUCAUCUACUCCAACUCUCCUCUUGAUGCCUCACACACUUUAUGGCCAUAUUUAGAGACACAUGCUUGUUUUCUGGGGCUGAUAGGAAGGGAAUGGGUUUUUCCACGGACAAAGAGAAGCUCAGCCCUUGUUCUCCAUUCCAAUUCCUCCAGAGCACACCAAAGCCCGACAAGUGCAGCACACUGUCAUAGAUAUGUGGCCUUCUCUUAAAAAUAAACCUCAUCUUUUCUCACAA